AUGAUUUAGGAAGUGUCUAUACUAAAAGAACUGGAUCAUCCUAAUAUUGUAAACAUUUACGAGUUGUAUGAGGAUGAAAGUUUUUUUUAUAUUAUUACAGAAUAUUUGAGUGGAGGCGAAUUAUUCGAGAAAAUAAAUGAGAUUGAUCAUUUCAAUGAGACGAUUGCUGCAGGAUAUAUGAGAAAGAUACUAGAAGCUGUAAAUUAUUGUCAUACUCGUAAUAUUGUACAUAGAGAUCUUAAGCCUGAAAAUAUCUUAUUUGAAUCUAAGAAGGCACAUUCUAGUCUAAAGAUUAUUGAUUUUGGGACAGCAAAGUAAAUUGACGAUUAAAGCAAAUUAUCUUAAAGAAUAGGAACUCCAUAUUAUAUUGCCCCAGAGGUAAUAAACAAAAGAUAUGAUUAAAAAUGUGAUGUAUGGUCUUGCGGCGUAAUAUUAUUUAUCAUGCUUUGUGGUUAUCCACCUUUUAAUGGAUAAAAUUAACAAGAAUUAUAUUAAAGAAUAUAGAGUGGUAUUUUUUCAUUUGAUGAACCUGAAUGGGAAGAUAUUUCUGCAGAUGCAAAAAAUCUAAUUAAGAAAAUGUUGGUAACCGAUCCUGAAAAAAGAAUAUCAGCUUCUGAAGCUUUGAGACAUGACUGGAUGCUUAUCAAUUAAAAAGAUAAAAAACUUAAUUCAAAAUCCCUGGAAAAACUAGCUAAGUUUCAUAGUUAAAGCAAAUUGAAAGCAGCUAUAAUGCAACUAAUUACAACUUAAGUUAUGUCCAAUCAAGAGAAAAAGAAAAUUUAAACUUAGUUUAAAAAAAUUGAUGUUAAUAAAGAUGGUACUUUGAGUCGAGAAGAACUACUUAAAUGUUACAGGGAAAUAUAUGAUGAUGAAAUGAAGUGCUAAGAAAUUGUUGAAAAUCUAUUUUAGUAAGCAGAUGUUAAUGGAUCUAAUUAAAUUGAUUACACUGAAUUCAUAGUUGCCUUUGCAAAAAAAGAAUAAUUAACAGCUUAGAAUAAAUUAGAAAAAGCAUUCAGACUUUUUGAUAAGGAUGGAAAUGGAUCAAUCAGUAAAUAGGAAUUAUAAGAAAUAAUGGGAGGAGCAUAAUUAAGUGAAGGUGAAUGGAAUAAUGUUUUUAAUGAAUUAGAUCUAAAUGGAGAUGGGAUUGUGAAUUUUUAAGAAUUUACAGAAAUGCUUAUCAAAAAUGCUAAUGAAUAAGAAUGA